UUCUGCCCUCUUGAUAAGUGAAGUUUUCGUCCGUCAGUUGGUGAAUGAAUGGAGAGUUGUUGGGUUUUUGUGUGAAGUGGACUAAUCAUUUAAAACCAUCCUUACAAGAUUAGUUUUUUUUUUGAAUUUGAGACUGGAUUUAUUCCACAUCGAGAUUCGAUAAAGAUUAGUUGCAGAAGCAUAGCUGCGGUGACGACGAUGGCUGAGUUUGUCCAGCGCCUGAGCGCUUGUUUCCCGGCCUGUCAGUCGAGUCAGAGUGACCGGGCUCAGCGCAGAAGGAGCCGGGAAAUCGACGCCUUACUGGCCCGGGAGAGGCGCUACGUGCGGCGGCUGGUCAAGAUUCUGCUGCUGGGCGCCGGCGAGAGCGGCAAAAGCACUUUCCUCAAACAAAUGAGGAUUAUUCACGGCAAGGACUUCGACAGCAAGGCGCUGGAGGAGUUCAGGGACACCAUCUUCGAAAAUGUUAUUAAGGGUAUGAAGGUCUUGGUGGAUGCAAGAAACAAGCUGGGCAUUCCUUGGGAAAAUAGUGAAAAUGAAAAGCACGGAAUGUUUGUUAUGGCAUUUGAAAACAAAUGUGGAAUGCCAGUGGAACCAGCCACUUUUCAGUUAUAUGUGCCAGCACUGAGAGCCCUCUGGCAAGAUUCUGGAAUCCAGGAAGCUUACAACAGAAGGCGAGAAUUUCAACUGGGUGAAUCUGUCAAAUAUUUUCUGGACAACCUUGACCAAAUUGGACAACUGAGAUACCUUCCUAGCAGACAUGAUGUUCUCCUUGCAAGAAAGGCCACCAAAGGAAUUGUGGAACAUGAUUUUAUCAUAAAAGGCAUUCCUUUCAAAAUGAUAGAUGUAGGUGGUCAACGAUCUCAACGGCAGAAGUGGUUUCAGUGCUUUGAUGGGAUUACGUCCAUUCUGUUCAUGGUUUCCUCCAGCGAAUAUGACCAGGUUCUCAUGGAAGACAGGCGGACAAACCGUCUGGUAGAAUCGAUGAACAUUUUUGAGACUAUUGUAAACAACAAAUUAUUUACUUCUGUCUCUGUUAUUUUGUUCCUCAACAAAAUGGACUUGCUUGUAGAGAAAGUGAAAACAGUUAAUAUUAAGAAAUACUUCCCAGACUUUCAAUGGAACCCUCACAGACUGGAGGAUGUACAAAAAUACUUGGUGCAGUGCUUCAAUAACAAACGGCGAGAUCGCAGCAAGCCACUGUUUCACCACUUCACAACGGCCAUUGACACAGAAAACAUUCGGUUUGUGUUUCAUGCUGUGAAAGACACUAUUCUGCAGGAGAAUCUGAAAGAUGUAAUGCUGCAGUGAAGGGUGAAGAAAUGAGAUAAUUCUAUUUGGCAUUGCUCCUUGGUAUUCCCUGUGCCACUAGCACUUUCAGUUCAGACUGGCCUGGAGUCUGGCCAUGUGUAGAGAGAUUGCAGUGAUAUUACAUGGAAGCAUACUGACAUCAUGGAAGUGCUUAUAAAUGUCCUUUUUCAAGUUCCGUACAAGUUCUCAGAAGCAUAGUGAGCAGUAGUUCUAGACACUCAUUGCACUAGGGCCCCUUUUUCUGUUUUGUACUGAAUGGAAAAGGUGGGCAAUGAUCAAUCUGAGUUUCAAGUACCAAAUUGGCUUGUACCAAGGGUGCUUUACAUGGAAGUCUGUAUGGACAAUAAUAGUAGGUUAUUAUCCAAGCUACUCAGUGGGUUCUGUCCCAUUCUAGAGUUCUGCUAUUUACUGUUGCUGAAUGUAAACUAUCUGAGAUAUGAAGUCUCUUGGCAGAGUGAAUGGCAUAAGUAAAUGCUGGUUUUUAAGGAGAAAACUGGGUUGCAUUAAAAAAUGGGUUCAAAUUACAGCCAUACUACUUGGAUAUCUGGAGCUGUAGUAAAAUGGAUUGAGCUUGUCAUUUGGUUCAAUCAGUUUAUAACCCUUCCAUAGCCAGGUACAACUACUGUUUGGUACAGCAUGGAAUUCAACUUCAUUGUGAAUGUGUAUUUGUUAUUUACAACUAUUAUUUUUUAUAAAAUUCCUUUGCAGACUUAUGUUGAACAUUCAUGAGUUGCAUGAAUUGUUAAUUGACCUUGAUGAGCAGAUAGAAACCUCCGCUAUUAAAAUCUAAUAGUUUUGUGCCAGAAGACAGAUUAGAAAUAUACCAUCUUUUAGUUCAGGGUUUUUGAGUGUAGAUUCUUGGCAAAUCAAAGAUUUUUUUUAACUAAGAACUACUAGAAAUAAACUGUGCUCUGUCUUAAAGCAGUAUUGGAAAGUAUUUUUAUAUGAAAUGGCCCAAGUUCCUGUUUUGAAGUAGCUAAUAUACUGCCACCUAGCACACACCAGGAGUCUUCUGAAAAUAGAAAUAACCAAUCCAGAUUCCAGUUGCAUUUUCAGUAAUGCUAUCAGUGAUAUAGCACAAUUGAUUAUAACCACUGGUGACUAGAUGUAACCCAGCAGGCUUUCAGGUCUCAUUAUAGAUCUGGACAAUCCAAAUCUUAGCUCACCUUUUAUGUAGCAGGAAGUUGCACACACACGCUUCCUCCUAAGCCUGUAGGCAGAGUACUAAUUUGGGCUGAUUUCAGUAUCAUGUCACACUCUUUAAAAGAUAAACAAUGCAGUUCAAAAGUAUUAAAUGUUUCUUUCUUUUUCAUAAAUUUUUGGCCUACCUGUAGUUUUGAGCACUUUUCUUUGUUUUUGUUUACCCUGGCACUAUAACGUUUAGCAGGUUAGAUCUUAAUUAACCUUUUGGAUAUAAUCCUACUUCUGUGUUGCUGUUUUUCUAAAAAUUCAGAUCUUAAUUCUGGCCAUUAUAACUACUUAAGAAUCAUUGUCUUUGAAUCCUACACUUAAUUUCUGUACCAAUUUGCCUCACACAUUUAGUAAGAAAUAUCUUCAGCAAUGAAAUGGAAGCAAAACUUAGACACAACUUUUGAGUUUUGAUGCAAUGGUUGUUGUAUGUAGCAUUAACACAACAAGGAAACUAGAAAUGAUAAAUUUAUAUAGUUAACUUCCUAACCUGAACAGCCUGAUUUUGCCUGAGAUUAAAAUUUAUUUGGGGCAACAUUAUUUUUUGUAUCCCUUUAGAAUGCAAAAUUAACCUAAAUGCAUUAAUUCAGAAGGAAUAUUUUAAUUCUGGCAAAAAGAUAGAGACCUAUUGAAUAUUUGGGUUAACCUACAGACAAACAAGUAGAUAGUUUUGAUUUUUGGUGAACAAAUUUGAUAUUGCAAGUUUGCCAGCCUAAACAAUGUGAUUCUCAAUUUGUUGGUGCAUGUUUUUUUUCCAGCUGACAUCAAUGUUGUCAAUAUUUUAUUUCAUCUCUUCACUGUGAAGUGUAGAGGAAUGGUUGUAGAGAAAUCCAGCCAUUUUAAGAUAACAAAACGUAUUUACAAUGUUAUAUUUGAAUUUCUACUGGUAAUUUCUGCUUCAAGCUACCAUCCCCUCACUGUCCAACCUUGGAUUUUACUGUAGAUUCAUAAGUUCAAUUAAUUAAUUCUCUGGAAAAAUUAAGAAAGAUAAUUAGAGUAUUUUGACACUUUUGGCAAAAACUUCCAUUUUAGUUCUGCUUUCCACCUUUCUACUUUUGUCUUCUACCUUGAAGAAUUAAUCUGCACCUCGGAUGUUCUUUAUGGACAAGUAUUAAAAUGUAGUUGUUACAAAUAGUUUUCCUGGGAACCACAUAAAUUACUUAACCAUUUGAAAAACUCUUUCCACAAUUGUCUGACCUUACAAAAUUCACUUUGACAUUUUCAGGUUGAGUUUUGUUUUUUUGCUUAACCCUCAAAAUUUGGAAAUUGCACACAAGCAAAGUGAACAGAUAUUUAGCACGAUACAAAGAUAGCUUGAUGUGUAAUUGAUUACUCCAUGUAUGUGAUUAAGAGGCACUGUGGCCAUCCUGUGGAGGCUUUGGCCAGCCCUUUGUCGAAUGUUCUAAUAAAACACCCGCAAUGUUCACCAGUCCAGGUUUUCAUUUUUCUGUUCCAUUACUCUGUAGUCCUAUGUGACUUUCCUCCUUGGCCUACUUGCAAGUUAAUGCAAAAUUGUGCUAAAUAAGUUUUGUAUUUAACUGUUUUUGGCUAGUAUAUUUUAAUAUGUGCCGGAAUGAAUUAAUACAGAGCCAGGUGUGCAUGCUUUUGUUUCGGGUUUACACAAUUUGUAAUAUUCUUUUAGGUGCACUUCCCAUCUAAUGAUACUGGGAAAGAAAUAUUAAAAUAAUGCUGUUUGGCUCAUCUCUCAGUCAUUGCUUUAGCUAACCAUAAAAUUGUUAUCUGUUCUAAUUUAUCUCGGUAUAAGCUGUUCGGAAAGACCAGCUUUGUUGGUAGAAGAACAAUAUUUCCAAGAGGAGUGUUUUUUGUAGUCAUUUCACUGUAGUGGUUGUUUUUUUUAAAAUGCAUUUUCAUAAAACUGUCAAGAGAGGGAAGUUUAUGCCUUAAACUUUUGAUAUUUUGUGUUUAAUAUAAAAGUUGAUGGGUUGAUAGAUAUUAUUAACUUCAAAUUUCUUAGCUGGACUUUGUCAUAAAUCAUCUUUUUCAUUCCAUAAUAAAUUGAGCUAAUUUCCUUUUCUAAUGCAAUAGUUGUGUUGCACAGUUGGUAUAUUAGUUACCUAUGCAGGUAAUUUUGCAGUUCUGCUGUUUUUAAAAUGGCCAUUGCGUGUGUUUGUGUGUGUGUACUGGUUUGUGGGGGCUGGAAUUUGUUCUCCUUGCAAUUUCUCUUCAGCUCCUUCCCACCCCAACACUUUUAUUUCUUUAAAAAUCCAUUUCAAGUGAACAAUAACUAUUCUGUUUCAGAGCAGGAAAUAAGAUUGUAUGUAAGUUUUCAGGUGUCAGUCUUGUAAAAUGUUCCAUGAUCAUUCUGAGCAAUAGAUUCUAAGAGUGGGUAAUUUUGUUAGAACGAGGGUUGAAACCACAAAAACUACAAUGUGUUUGCAUUAUACGAUAAUUUGCCAGGUUCUGUUUAAUGCCACACUUUUGAAUAAGUUGCUACUUUUAAAUUUAAAUGCAGACUUAUAUGUUGCAUACUCUGUUAGUUCUAAGGAUCUGUUUUUUUGCAUUUAAACUUUAUCAUGUUAGACCAACAUCAUCUAAACUUGAAAUUUGAAUACACAGUGACACUAUGAAUAACCAGAAAUGAUUAUUUUAAUGAAUGGGACAUAAAGUUUGAAGUAACUGUAUACUGUGCUAUAUACAACCCUGAGAUUCAUUUUCUGCUGGGUAUUCACAGUAAAUACAACGAAACACAAUAUAAUCAAUGAAAGACAAGAUAGAUAAACAACCAAUGUGCAAAAGACGACAAACUAAACAAAUACAAAGAAAAAUAUGAUAAUAACUAUCGAGAACAUGAGAUGAAGAGACUUUGAAAGUGAAUCCAUGGGGUUGCGUUCAGUUCAGUGAUGGGGUGAGUGAAGUUGCUCCCUCUGGUUCCAGAGCCUGUUCCUGAACCUGCUGGUGUAGGUCCUGAGGCUCCUGUACCACCUGACGGCAGCAAUGAGAAGAGAGCUUGGCCUGGAUAAUGAAUGCUGCUUUCCUGCAAGAGCGUUCCAUGGAGAUAUGCUCAAUGCUGGGAAGGGCUUUACUUGUGAUGGACGAUGCCAUAUCCACUACUUAUUGGUCACUUUUUGUAUCCGCUUUAGUGAUUUUUAUUUUAAUUCACAAUGCUUGGUUUUAUGUGUUAGUGGAACAAGUUCUUUGACCAAGACAGAAGGUUUUUUUUUAGCAGAUUGGCAGUAUCUAAAUAAGAUAUUCAAUUGUGCUGAUAAAGUAAUGCUAUGUUGUAUCUUGAAGAUGAUUGGUAAAACAGUGGUUGAAAUAUCAUGGGGAUCUCAUUUACCAGUGAAUGUUCAGAGAAAUGUGACAGCUGUGUGAUGCAUGGAAGUCUGAACUACAUAGUGGCUUGCUGUAUUAAUCAUUUCAUCUCCAGGAAAACUGGUUCAGAUUUGAGGUUUUUAAUCCUGCAAAGCCCUGAUGUGUAGGUGAACAGUUUAAUUACAGACAAUCUUACAAAUAGUUUUUAUAGAUGAAGCUUGUGCUCCAAGAAUAUGACCUUCCAUCUUCCCAUGCAAAAUAACUAUAGUUCAAGCAGAGGAUAUAAUUUUCACAUAAUCUGCAACAACAAAAUUCUACCAACUGUAGAAUUCACACAAUAAUCUCUGAUGUUCUUAGUUAUUGAGAGAUUUUUAGUUGUCAGAUAAACAGGAAAGACCUGGUUACUCAUCUUCCAAAAUAAAGCUGAGAUCUUCUGUGUGUAAGUGCUGACAAGAACCACAACGAUUAAUGUCUGGAGCAUCACUUCAGAAAUUGGAGCAUUGGCCUGUAGUUUGUGCUUGUUUUGCAGAAUUUGAUCCAACACGUUGUAUUUACUGUGAUUGUCUGCAAUAAAAUGAAUCUCCAGAGUGUAUAUGGUGACAUAUAUGUACUUUGAUAAUAAAUUUACUUUGAACUUUCCCAUCACUAAACAAAACUAGAAGUUAUUGUGACGUUUGUUUUUGAUAUGAUAAAUCUACAGUGUUUGUGCAGAAUAUUUAAGAUGCUUGUGGAGUACAAUAGAUUGCAGUGUUGCAGUGUUUGUUUUGGUUUGGAUAUUGAGCAAAAGAGUAGGUUGGGAGGUAAAAUAACAGCUUUGAAAGAGUCACCUUUAUUAGGAAGCUUGAGUGCAUUGUGUCACAUUUAGGGCAAUACUAUUUGGUGCAAGUAUUCUCACCAUCUUUGUACCUAGAGCAAUAAAGACUGUUGCACAAGCCCUUUUAAAUGCAUAAUUAUUAAAUGACACCAGCAUUAUAGAUGAAGCUGCAUUUUAAAAAUCCAGUCCAAUUUAACACCAGUAUGUUGGACAAAAAUUAGCCCUAGGGCAGAUGUCAUGUUGUAAUGUUUGUGGAUCUAGAAAGUAUGGCAAUUUUUGUUAUUAAAUGGGUGGCACCUGA